UCUCUCUCUCUCUCUCUCUCUCUCUCUCUCUCUCUCUCUAGCUCUCUUUUUUCUUCUUCACUCUAGCUAGCUCACUCGUAGCUCACAUUCAGAUUUAAUCUCUGAACCAUGAGGGUGGUGUUGAUCGCCGUCGUGAUCACUCUGCUCUGCGCCAUUGCUGUUGAUUCCUGCUUACCAACAGACCUGGCAGCCCUCGAAGCCGUCAAGGCCUCCCUCACCGAAUCCAACCUCGGCCUCUUCAACACAUGGUCCGGCACCGACUGCUGCGUCAACUGGUACGGCGUCAGCUGCGACCCUUCCACUCGCCGCGUCGUCGACCUUAACCUCCGCGGCGAGUCUGAGGACCCCAUUCUCUCCAAGUCUGGCCAGUCCGGCUUCAUGUCCGGCUCCAUCGCCCCCGAGAUUUGCAACCUCGACAGCCUCACCACCCUCGUCCUCGCCGACUGGAAGGGCCUCUCCGGCCAGAUCCCCCAAUGCCUCACCUUCCUCUCUUCCCUCCGGGUCCUCGACCUUACCGGAAACAAACUCUCCGGCGUCAUUCCUACCGAUAUCGGCAAGCUGAAGAUGCUCAGAGUCCUCAACCUCGCCGACAACCAGAUCGCAGGCGACAUUCCGGCAAGUAUCGUCAACCUCGCCGGGCUAAUGCACCUGGACCUCAGGAACAACAAACUCACCGGCGGAGUUCCCGCCGGGUUUUCAAACAUGAAGAUGUUGAGCCGAGCAUUGCUGAGCGGGAACCAGCUCACCGGAUCCAUCCCGGAGUCCAUCGGAAACAUGCCUCGCCUAGCUGACCUAGACUUGUCCCGGAACCACAUCUCGGGUUCGAUACCGGACAGCCUCGGAAACAUGAGGGUUCUGUCGACACUCAACCUCGACGGAAACGCUAUUUCCGGCGAGUUACCUACGACCCUGUUAAGCAACCACGGUUUGGGCAUCCUGAACUUGAGCCGGAACAGCAUUGAGGGCAACAUCCCGGACGUGUUUCACGGAAACUCGUACUUCAUGGUUCUGGAUUUGUCGUACAACAACCUGAAAGGGAAGAUACCUGGGACGCUGUCGUCGGCGAAGUAUAUCGGACACCUGGACCUGAGCCACAACCACCUGUGCGGGAAUAUUCCGAUGGGUGAUCCCUUCGACCAUAUGGACGCGUCGUCGUUUACCAACAACGAUUGUCUCUGCGGGAAUCCGUUGAGUACUUGUUGAUGAUCAUAACAUAGUGAAACGUUUGGCUCCAAAAUUCCAGGAUAUAUGUAAUUUACGUGGGUUUGGUUUGUGUAAUUGUGUAUUAUCAUUAUUCGUGAAAACAGUGAAGAAUCGAAAUUAAAAUAUACAGUACAAUGUACAUGCAUGCUCUUCUGUAAUUUGUGUCGUGAGUUGAACGACAAAGAUAAGGCAGAUCAGAUGCAUGCACGUGAAAAUUAUAGAGAUAUUCCUAGUUUCCUACCCAGUGAGUGAGUGAGCAAGCAAAAAACAUAUUCGCCCUACUUGAUUUGUAUAUUGUAUUUUAUCAAUUAUGAAGAGCAUUCUCUUUUCUC